AUGAGUGGUGGUAGUCAAAUUAAGACAACCAUUACAACUGCUGUAACCAGAACAGAAAUGUCACAUAUACACGACACAGCUUAUGAUAAGGAUAGUCAAAAAAGAAAUGCACCUAAAGUGACUAUAGAUGAUGCGUUGAAUACAGAAAAUUUAAAGGGACGGGGUGAUGUUAAGCGCAAGAUAAUCGAAUUGGAAAAUGCGAAAAACAUAAUGCCAAUAUCGGCUAUUGGCAAGCAAAAGUCUUUGGCUGAGAUUGGUGAAAAAAUUCCAGCAGUUAAAGAAGUGGUGAAGGAUUUUGAAGAUAAAUUGCAAGACUAUAGCGUUGAAACAACACCAUUUAAGGUGCGACAACGUGAUUCAACGCCAGCCCACGUGGAUGAGAGUGUUUUGGAGCGUCAAAUAUUAACCGAUGUCGAUCUUGCAUUGGAGAACCUUAUAUCUCAUGAGCCACCAGCACAAGAGGUGAAACUGUCGCCUGUAACGGCCAUAGAGACUAGAUUGGAUAACUCCGACGUGCCAAACGAAGAAAUUUGCGAAAAAGUCUGCAUGAAACGUAAAAUGUUCGAAGUAGCUAAAGAAGAGAUUAAGUCAGUUACUACAGAUGAGGCAGAUCCAAUGGAGAAGUCACCAAAAGCAAUUGAUUUGCCAUCAGCGGAUAGCGAAGAUUCUGGUAUUUUGCCAAAUGUCAAAGAUGUUGUUAAAACAUUUGAGCAGAAGUUUGCUUCUCUACAAUCCUCACCAUUACCUGCGCGCAAGCAGGUUGUUCGUGCGGACAAUGAAGUAGACAUUACUUAUUUAGGCGAACAAGGUCUUAGUCAAACUGACGAAAUUUUAGAAACAAUAGCUGGAUCAGCGCUACCAGAACAUGGUGAAAUCAUGACUCAGGCAAGGUUGGGUAGCUCUUUAGGAAAAGAACAAGUAGAACAGUUUUCAGAUCCAUUAGUUAAAAAACAAAUAAUGUCUGAAAUAAAUAGAGAUUAUGGCACUAGCCUUGUUGAUCAGAAUACCCCAAAUGACAAUAAGAUAGAAGUAGUUUCUAAGGUCACCGAUGAACCACAGGCUGCGAAUAAUGCGAACGACUUCAUUGAAACGAUAUGUGAUAAAACCGAAUUUCCUAUCGGAGGAACAAAUGUGAUAGACAAUUCAAGCUUCCCAAUGACGGAUAAAGAAGAUGCUGACUCAACCUUUGACAAACAGGAUACUGAUAUUACUAGUAUAAAAAAGUAUAAAUUAAAAAUUUAUGAAACUAUUGAAAAUGAGCGUGAACUAGAAGUUUGUUUAGGGAACCUUAAACAAAGAAAAUAUAGCGUACAAAAUGUGAAAUCUUCCGAUGAAACCUCAACGAUCAAACGAUUUCCUGUCCCGCUAUCGAUACCGAUAAGUGUGAAAAAUGAAACUAAAAAAGGAAUUAAUAAAAUAGAAAGUUCCUCCAAAGAGGAGCAAAACGCUAUCUCAUGCGAGCAUCUGAACAUAAAUCAAUUAAAACUGAAGACAUUCAGUAGACCGCCGGUGCCUUUAACGAUGACAAACAACAUUGAAUGGACUGACGAAAAAAUAAAAAGGUUAAAAACGUCAGAUCCUCACAUUCUUCCGAAACAAAAAGACUUCAGAAUAACUUCCGAGAAAACUGAACUGAUGACUACCGAAGAUUAUAUCAGCAGUGAACACCAAAAUAACAUUUUCCAUCAAAAGGCUAUAACGAAAGAAAAUACAGAUAACACACUUGACGAAAAAAUUGAACAUAAAAUUAAUUUUAGAGAUCAAACUAAUACUAUCAAAGACCAAACAUCUCUUCUACACACACUUUCCACAUUAGAAUCCAAAAGCAAAGACACAGAUUUCAAAGAUGUUCAACCAGAAGAAAAAUAUAAGUUUUCUCUUGACAUUGUCAAGCCUGUUUUCCACGUUUAUUCUUCUGAAGAAAUAGAAGAAGACUAUAAUAAACAUAUGGUCACUGAUAUGAAACAGGUAUUCCCGUUAGAACCAUUUGUAGGCAAACAAGACGACAUAGACACUAAAGACGUACACCCAAUUUCGAAACCAGUAGAUAAACCAAAAUCUCCGCUUGACAUUGCUAAGCCUGUUCCUCAUGUGUACUCUUCUGAUGAAUCAGAGGUAGAGUUUGACAAACCUAAAGUCGCUGAUAUGAAACAGGUUUCACCAUUAAUACCGAUUUUAGGCAAACCAGAUGAUAAAGGCACUAAAGAGACUCACGCAAUUUCGAUACCAGUAGAUAAACCAAAAUCUCCACUUGACAUUGUUAAGCCUGUUACUCAUGUGUACUCUUCUGAUGAAUCAGAGGUAGAGUUUGACAAAUCUAAAGUCGCUGAUAUGAAACAAACGUUACCAUUAGUACCGUCUGUGGGYAAACCUGAUGACAAAGACACUAAAGGCGCUCAACCA